CCUGCCACUGUCUCCUCCUCCUCUGUCUGUCUUCAACGCAUCUGCAUGCUGUGACCUUUUUUAAUGAGUAACUCUAUAUGCCAAUCAUUUCAGCAGCUCUCAACUACUGUGAGAUCCAUCACUAAAACAGAAGAUGAAUGCUGAUAUAAAGAUCACCAUUGGAGCGGAAGACUUGGGCUUCUACACUGAUUACAAUGACAGCUACAGUGAUAAUUAUAAUGAGUCCUGCUGUGGUGGACUUGUGUGUGAUUCUGAGUCUAGCAUGCACUUUGAUUCCAUUUUUAUUCCGGUCCUUUACUCUGUGGCGCUGGUAGUGGGGCUGGUGGGAAAUGGGCUGGUUCUGGUGGUACUGUGGAAGAAAAGGCUGUACUUGAACAUUACCGACAUCUUCAUCCUCCAUCUGAGCUUAGCAGACAUUCUGCUGCUGCUAACGCUGCCCUUCUGGGCUGUAGAGGCAGCGAAUGAGUGGAUCUUCGGCACAGUGCUUUGCAAGCUGACUGGAGCUCUGUUUAAGAUCAAUUUCUACUGUGGCAUUUUCAUGCUUUCCUGCAUCAGUCUUGACCGCUACCUGUCCAUCGUUCACGCAGUGCAGAUGUAUUCUCGUAAAAAGCCAAUGGUGACUCACUGUUGCUGCCUGAUGGUUUGGCUCUUCUGCCUUCUGCUCUCCAUCCCUGACUGGAUAUUUCUUACAGACUACAAGGACUCCAGACGUCAGGAAAAAAUAGAAUGUGUUCCAGAUUACCCAUCUGAUUCUUGGCAUCUGGCUGCUCGUAUGCUCUACCAUAUUUUGGGUUUCAUUCUUCCAGCACUGAUAAUGCUGUUCUGUUACUCUUGCAUCCUGCUGCGGCUGCGCCGUGGCUCCCAGCACAAGCAGAAGAAGAGGGCCAUCCGUGUCAUCGUAGCCCUGGUAGUAGCCUUCUUCAUCCACUGGACGCCCUACAACAUCACCCUCAUCAUUGACACCAUAAAAACCAAUGGGACCAACAAUACCAGUAAUCAAACGUCCUGUGAAAGUGCCACAGCAUUAGAUGUAGCUAUCACAGCUACUUCCACACUGGCCUACUUACACUGCUGUGUAAACCCAGUGCUUUACGCUUUCGUGGGGGUGAAAUUUCGUCAGCAUCUGCUGGACAUGCUGAGACCACUGGGCUUCACGCUGAAGGUCCCAGCAGGCCUGGUGUCACGGAGGAGCUCUUUAUGGUCAGAGUCAGCGGACACCUCACACACAUCUGCUUUCUGAAACAUUGUGUGCAAUCACACUGAUACAUGUACAAUCAGCCAGCAUAUCAUGUUUUUAUAAAAACUUUAACAUCUGUAUCAGUCAGAGGAGUUUGGCUUUAAGUAUGCACACAUUGCUGUUCACACCAAGGAUGAAAACUAUAGUCUUAAUAAUCAUUAUAAUUGAGAGGACGGAAGUCCACACCACCAAUGAUAACAUCAUAUAGAGGAACAAUAUCAUUGAAAUCACUUUCAGAAUGAUUUUCCAGUUGAUGAAUGAGAAAAAAACAUUGACAGCCAGUCAGAAUUCAUACAGCUUUAAAGGGCUUGAGCAUUUAAAGCUACAGACAACAAAACUGUAGUGCACAUUUAUAAUAAACAAACUUCAUCGUUCUUUGGUGUGGACACUAUUUAUCUUAAUAGUGAUCUUUAUAGUUAUCAUUCUUGAGGUGCACAGGUCUUAAGUCUCAUGAUAGUGCUUUUUAGUAUGCAGACUGCAUAAUAAACAUGAAUACAGAGCAGUCUUAUUUAAUCUUACUUUCAGAUAUUUCUCUUUGCACUUAUGGCAGCUACUGCAGAUUCUCAACUGUUUUGUAUUUCUCAAGCAUAUCGACUCCUUACAGCUCACACAUUUUGUAAAGAGCUAAAAAAGUUUCUAUUUUUGUCAUAAUGGCAGAUUUUUCCAAUAGAUCAGACAUUUGACAAAACAAGAGCCUCUGAAUUUUACUACUGUACAUCAGGCCCGAUCACCCCCCCAGUCAACGUGAUUUGUGCCCCCCCUAGAAAUUUAAAUGCCCCCCCGACUGAGGUGCCCUGGCGCCGGCCCUGCUGUACAUUGUUAUUGUGUGUAGUGUCUAAAAAGUUCCUGAUUUUAUUUGUUAAUUGUCUUGUGUUUGUUUGUUUGUUUAUGAUGAUUUUUUUAUAUCUUGAUUUGCUGUAAUACAUUUUGAAAACAUCUUAGAACAGUUUCUCAUGUGUAUUUUAGUGUUUAUUGUCUUCUUGUAUGCUUUUUAUAUUUUGAUGUAUAACUUUGUUGAACCUCCCUGUCUUUUUUGUAUGCAUAAAACCUGUAGUUAGAAUGCAAGAAGUCUUCAUUAAUGCUGUAAAACACAAUAUAACAAAAUAAAAGAGAAAUUAUGUAUGAAGA